UCACAGGCUGCACAGCACAGUUCUUUACUGUACUUCAGAAACUUUGUUCCUGGUUUUCUUUCACUUUCUUUUCCUUUAAAAGACCCUGUGUGAAAACGUCUGUAGUGUUUGGGAGUCUUUUCGUGAGAGAAGCACAUAAUGGAUGAAGAAACUUUGCGUGUUAAAACUGAAGACUCUGAGGAAGAGGAAGGUGGUUAUGGGGACCAAACAGAUGCAAAGCCAGAUCGGAGCGCAAGAUUUCUUCUUUUUGGAGGCAAGAAGAACAAGGAUGAAAAGUUGCCGGAAAAAGAAUCAUCCUCUCAGCACCACUACAGGAUAAUUUCUCCAACAUGCCAAUAUAAGAUGAACUACCGGCGAGUAGGAAAAUGUAUCAUCAUCAACAAUAAGAACUUUUAUCAUGAGACAGGGAUGAAUGUACGUAAUGGCACAGAUCGAGAUGCAGGGGAACUGUUCAAAUGCUUUAAAAACCUGGGCUUUGAAGUUUUCGUCUAUAAUGACCAGACCUGUGAAAAAAUGAAGGGGAUACUGAAAAAGGUGUCGGAAGAGGAUCACACUGACAGCUCCUGUUUUGCUUGUAUCUUGCUAAGCCAUGGAGAGGAGGGCAUGAUAUAUGGAACGGACAGGGCCAUGCCCAUCAAAGACAUAACCUCCCUCUUCAGAGGAGAUAUGUGCAAGAGCCUUGUGGGCAAACCCAAGCUUUUCUUCAUCCAGGCCUGUCGAGGUUCAGAGUUUGAUGAUGGUAUACAGACCGACUCAGGAACACCUCGUGACUUUCUAGAAACAGAUGCAAACCCCAGACACAAAAUCCCAGUGGAGGCAGAUUUCUUGUUUGCUUACUCCACUGUUCCAGGUUACUACUCAUGGAGGAAUCCAGGCCGGGGCUCUUGGUUUGUCCAAGCUCUUUGUAAUGUCCUCAACGAGUCCGGCAAGCAACUGGAAAUCUUGCAGAUCCUCACACGUGUCAACUACAUGGUAGCAACCAACUUUGAGUCCUGGUCUGAAGACCCACGCUUCAGUGAGAAGAAGCAGAUUCCCUGUGUUGUCUCUAUGCUGACCAAAGAGCUUUAUUUUAACUGAUAUUUCUGUGACCUCAGAGUUUCAUUAUGGUCUUUGAUUUCCUUUUUUAUUCUUCAUUCUUUUUAUUUCUAUUUUUUAUUUUUUUUAUUUUUCAAGUAUGUUGGUAGCACAUAUCACAUCACAGUCAAAGCUGGAGUGUGACGACUGACUGACUGACUGACUGACUGACUGACCAACAGGAUGUGACCACAUGGUCUCAAAAUUCAGGGAUCCAGACACAGCUAGAAUUAGUGUUGUGUGGGAAAGCAGUUUCUUUCUGACUUUAUUCUGGACACUUAAUAGAUUCUUCAGAAGAGUGGUUCUUUAGUGGCACUGCAUGUUAAUGCUGAUUAUUUAUCUCUUCUUUUUAUUCCAUGGAACAUUACUAUCACUGUUCUUUGUCCACUGGCCGUAUGAAAUAUUAAUGUUCGGUUUCAUGGACCUGUAGCCGAUGGAAGCAUUUAAUUUUUUUAUCCCCCGGCAUGUAAUGCAGGGGGAUAUAGCUAUCGCUCUGUCUGUCCGUCUGUAAACAUUUUAGUUUCCGGAGCAUAACUCAAAAACUAUUAGGAAUUUUUUCACAAAACCUGACCGUUAUGUUAAGUAACUCGAUGAGUUGUGCCUUUUGAUAUUUUAGGAUGCCUGUGAUUUUUAUUUUUUUCCAUAUUUUCAUGGCAACCAAUUCAACUUAGGAAAAUUUGGAGUGGGGGCCGGGGGGAUAUGUGUCAUCUCCUGAUGACUCUUGUUUAGUAAUGUCACUGUUUCAUAUUUCUUCUUUUAUUCUCUUUUAUAUAGACCCAGAUAUGUUCAUGACCCAAAGGCACUUCUUGCAAUUAAGCACUUGCAGGAAUAACAAUUGAAUUUUAUCCAUCUUAACUCUGUAAAAAUACAUUAUAACCAGUUACACAUAAUUUAAUGUCAUAUAGUGCUCUUGACCAUCAGGUGACUGUGGUGGUCAGUAAUCUGAGCUUUAUCAGUAAAUUAUUGUAUAAUUAGUUUAUUAUUGACCUACCGUACUCAUAUUACUAGCUAAUAAACAUUUGUACAUGAUGUACUUGAACUACACCAUUGAAACAAAUACUGCUUCACUGACGUCUACACCUAUCUCUGUUCACAAAAACCUACUGCCCUACACACUGCAGCAUCAAAGUAUGAGCUGUUUGUAUAUGGUCCAUAUUGGGAAUUACCUUCUUCAUUAGUUACCCUAUCAGCAAGAGAAAGAGGAAGAUGAUUAUGCUUGUGGUAAAAACACUAGUAUUUUUGUAUUGUUUCUCUUAAAUUUAAUCAAUGAAUAAUAAUUUGAUAAUUCAGUUUAAUAAUUCAUUUAUUUGUUUUAUUACACAUGAUCAAAUGGUUAUGUGAAAGAUUUUAUUUGGAAUUUUGAGACCGUGUGGUCUAUAAUCUGCUCCAAAACUAUAAACCUAAAGUACAGGAGGCAAUGUAUUUGAGUUGGAUUUAAGCAUCAUCAGUGAGUUUGGAGUGAGUUAAAGCACUUAAAUAAAAAUAUAUAUAUUUUUUUAUUUACGGUUUAUCCUACAGUUCCUGUUUGUGAAUAAAAAAAUAAAUGCAUGAAUCUGCACAUGCACACACACACCCAACAACAAACUUUACAAGUAACCCAUGUAUUGUAUGAAAGUUGUGAUUUUGAUUUUCAUAUUCUGUUCUGUCAGUUUAUUAUCUACAGAGGCAGCUACUGUAUCAUUAGUUGGAGGUUUUAACGAACUGCCUACUACAAUAGAGAGAUUUCCUUUGGUAUAUUAUACAAGUGGAGGAAGUAUAUUUCCUCCAUUUGUGUUGAAAUAAAUGGAUUUCUGAAAGAAAACAUUUCAAAGGCUUGACUGAUUAUAAUUGCUGUAUUGUCCUCAGGACAUGUAUGAAAUUAUUUGAAACAAUGAAAAAAAUUGUAUAAGUUAGUAUAAAAGUACAACUGAUCGAAAGAAUUUGACUCCCACAUGUUCUGCCCCUAUUUAUUAUUUAGGGACAAAUUAGACUGAAACAGUUUUGCAUUUAAAGUAAUACCUUUAAGCAUUCUGCUGUAUUAAAACAUAAAUACUGC